CCGGAAAAGAACAAGAAGACAGAUAGAGAAGGAGAAAACCCACCGCGCGCGGCGGCGGCGGCGGCGAGGGUCGACGAGGCGACGCAUUUUGGUGAUCUCGUGGUGUCACGGUGCGUGUGCGAUGACGAGGCGGUGCUCGCACUGCAGCAACAACGGCCACAACGCGCGGACCUGCCCCGCCCGCGGCGGCGGUGGAGGCGGAGGCGGGGUGAGGCUGUUCGGCGUGCGGCUCACGUCGCCGCCGGAGGUGGCGAUGAAGAAGAGCGCGAGCAUGAGCUGCAUCGCGUCGUCGCUCGGGAGUGGCGGUGGGUCAGGGGGUUCGUCGCCGGCGGGAACGGGAAGGGGAGGAGGAGGAGGGGGAGAGGGCGCGGCCGGGUACGCGUCCGACGACCCCACGCACGCCUCCUGCUCGACGAAUGGCCGCGGCGAGCGGAAGAAAGGUACACCUUGGACUGAAGAAGAGCAUAGAAUGUUUCUAAUGGGUCUGCAGAAGCUUGGUAAAGGAGACUGGCGUGGGAUCUCUCGUAAUUUUGUUGUUUCCAGGACACCAACUCAGGUGGCUAGCCAUGCUCAAAAGUACUUCAUUAGACAGACAAACUCAUCAAGAAGGAAGAGGAGGUCAAGCUUGUUUGACAUGGUCCCAGAAAUGCCCAUGGACGAAUCCCCAGUGGUCGUAGAACAGCUUAUGCUCCAUAGUACUCAAGACGAAGCCACAAGCUCAAAUCAAUUGCCAAUAUCACAUCUUGUGAAACAGAAGGAACCUGAGUUUGCUAGACACCUGUCGGAUUUGCAGCUAAGGAAGCAUGAGGAAUCUGAGUUCACAGAACCUUCACUAGCAGCACUAGACUUGGAGAUGAACCAUGCUGCACCUUUCAAGACUAAAUUUGUUCUGACAAUGCCAACAUUCUACCCGGCAUUAAUACCUGUUCCACUAACUCUUUGGCCUCCAAAUGUUGCUAAUGUGGGUGAAUCAGGCACAAAUCAUGAAAUCCUAAAGCCCACUCCAGUGAAUGGAAAGGAGGUGAUCAAUAAGGCUGAUGAGGUUGUUGGCAUGUCCAAGCUUACCAUAGGUGACGGCAGCUCUAACUCCAUAGAACCCUCUGCUCUUUCCCUUCAGCUUACUGGACCGACAAAUACAAGACAAUCAGCUUUUCAUGUGAACCCACCAAUGGCUGGACCUGACCUAAAUAAGAGAAACAACAGCCCAAUUCAUGCAGUUUGAGAAAGCAUGGAAAAGGCCUGCUGGGUCAAAUCUUAUAGAUUAUAUAUUACUUCCCCAAUACCAUAGAAUGUUGCAUAAGGUCCUGAGCAUGUACUUUUGUAGCAGCUUCUGAGUUGUAUCACCAUAUUAUGUUCUUUGAUAUCGAUAAUGAAAAAUGUUGUAUGCAUAUACCUUUGAUAAUACAUCCUCCAUCCUUUGGAGAAAAUGGUUUUCAGUUUUGGUGCGUAAAUGUUGCCUGCAUUUUAGUCAGACAGUAUUGACACCCGGUAGCCUGUUGGGAUGCUAUACUACUACUACUAUAAUUUCUCACAUUAUCUGGAGAAAAAUGAUCUGAAGGUUUUUCUUGUA